GGCUCCUCCCCCCCCCACACCGCGACGGGCAGUGGCCGACGCCCGUGACGUCACAGGAGGCGGGGUCAGCGGCGCUGCCGGGUGCUGGAGGCGCCAUUGGAGCCGGCUGGGCUUGCGAGCCCCGCUGAGGAGCCGGAGGUCGGGCUGCAGUUACCUGUGCGUCCGCGCCGGGUCCCUCUGGCCCCCUCAGCGGCAUGGCGUGCGGAGCGACGCUGAAGCGGCCCAUGGAAUUCGAGGCGGCGCUGCUGAGCCCCGGUUCCCCGAAGCGGCGGCGCUGCGCCCCUCUGGCCGGCCCCACUCCGGGCCUCAGGCCCCCGGGCGCGGAGCCGCCGCCGUUCCUGACGCAGACCCCCGCGCCGACUCUGCAGCAGCCCGCCCCGCCCGGCAGCGAGCGGCGCCUCCCAACGCCGGAGCAAAUUUUUCAGAACAUAAAGCAAGAAUAUAGUCGUUACCAGAGGUGGAGACAUCUAGAAGUUGUUCUUAAUCAGAGUGAAGCCUGCGCCUCGGAGAGUCAGCCUCACUCGGCAGCACUCGCAGCACCUAGCUCCCCAGGUUCUUCCUGGAUGAAGAAGGACCAACCUACCUUUACCCUCCGACAAGUUGGAAUAAUAUGUGAGCGUCUUCUAAAAGACUAUGAAGAUAAAAUUCGGGAGGAAUAUGAGCAAAUCCUCAAUACCAAACUAGCAGAACAAUAUGAAUCGUUUGUGAAAUUCACACAUGAUCAGAUUAUGCGACGAUACGGGACAAGGCCAACAAGCUAUGUGUCCUGAAGCUUUUGUGUGUAUCUGGGUACCAGGCUUGACCUCAAAAGAUGGCUGCUGUACACUUUUUGCAACUGGUUUGAUAUCACAUUUCAGCUCCAACUUCGCAUCCUGAGAACACUUAAAUGUUUCUGCAGGUCCAUUUUAUACAACUUGAAAGACCUAAAACUUUCUGGUUGCCACAAGCAUAUCUUUCUUUUCUGCUCAUCCAAUAAACAGCUGUGCCCUACUGUGAUAGAUUUUCCAUACAAAAAUACCUGGAGCAGCAGUUUAGCAAAAUAUGCCUUCAGUGGCACUCAACAAACGGAGUUUCCCCAAGCACAGUUCUGUAAGAAGUGUGUGUGAGAGUGUGUGUGUGUGCGUGUAUUUUAAGUUAUUAUUUGUAUUGUGCAAACUUUUUAAUCUUGGGGAUUCUGGCUGUGAAUUUGAUGCACGACAAUUAUGGUUAAAAACAUUGGCUUGGUCUACAGAAGAUCAUUAAUGUUUUGUGACCAUAUAAGUUGUAACAGUGGAUUGUUUUAUGUGUAGGUAUUAUUGUUAAACACAGGGACUAUAUCCAGGCACAGAGUAUGAGUCAUAACUUCGGAUGGACAUUAGAUGUGAUUAUGACGAUGGAGUGGAGAUCUAUGGUCCUAGGUCUACACAUGCGUGGUGAGAAAUUAGAACAAACCGGAGACAGGCCAUUGACGCAUGGACUCUGCCUAGCUGUGUUAGAAAAAUAUCCUGACUCCAAGCCUUAAAAUACCGAAAUGGAGUCGGCGCUCACCUCAUUCACACAACUGAAGAGCUCCCUGGACACCACUCCUCUCAAGGGAAAAGACCUCCGCGGAGUGGGAGCACCACAGGUGAGCACAGGGCCAGCCCCGCAGCACUGCUGCCUGGGAGGAGCCACUCACUUCACCUUUGUUUCAGUUCUUAGAGGUAGGAUUUGGAUCCCUGGAUCAGGUUCCGCAGAUUGUUCGGAGGUGUCCAUGUUCAACUGCUUGAGCUUUGUUUGGCAGCCGCUGCCUGACGCAGCUUACAGGCUGUUCUGGCCCUUGUUUCCAAGGCCGAGGAACAGAGAGUAGCCUCUGUUUGAGGAGGUGGAAGUUAAGUAUACAUUUAUUUUUUACUGUGACUUGUUCAGGACCACAUUUUACAAAAUGCCUUGUUUCCAUUAAUAUUGUUUCUGGAAAGGAAAGUUCUAUUAAAACUGUUUUAGUUUGACUAUAGAGUAGGUUUUUUGUUUUUGUUUUUUAACUAGGGCUUAUUUUGAAAAAUGUUGGGUUUAAUUCAGAUGUAUGCCAGUACCUUCCAAAGUAAGACAGUUGUUCUGAUCAGAUGGCUUAGAGAAAUUUCUGGAAUAUUCACAUUCGGAGAUUCCUUGUUAAUGAAUGUCUUUGACUUAAAUCUAACCAAAAACUGCAACCUUAUUCUUUGUACAUUUUCAUUAUAUAGUCUUAACAAGCUUAGUUGCAAACAAAUAAAAUACUUAAGCUAUU